AGCCGGAUUGGGGGGAAAGAACAAAAUAACAAAGUAUAGCUGCAGUACUGAAACAGAAUCCCUUGCUUACGAGUAUUUUUACAUGGAACUAUUAGCAAUGUAUCAACGUAAUUAGAUCCUGAAGGAGUGUUUUAGUGUAUGUACAAUGAGGAAUCUGAUACCGAGGAGAUUAUUCUUUCAGGGAACAUUCUGUUUGUUGAUUUUUUGUUUUGUAAGAGAUCGUCUGCUACAGAGUGGCGUGACUUUGAGAACUCGGGAAAUAAACGCCACCUUGAUAGACCCGGGUCCAGAAUGCUUUAAACACGCCUCGGACACCAACCAUAGGGCCAACGUCGCCCGAAUACAACAUGGCGUGCAGAACUGGGUGCGAAGGGUCGACCCGCAUAACUACACCUACAUCAUCAACCCUACGGAUAGGUGCGACCAAAGGAAAGAUGAAGGUGAGGAUCUGUUGCUUGUGAUAUUUGUGAAUUCCGCUCCGGAUCAUUUCCUCAAGAGGAACUUAAUUCGGAAUACCUUUGGGAGAGCGGAUUCAUGGCCUUUCUACCGCGACGGCCAUCGUAACCAGACGAUGCGUCUUGUUUUCUCAGUCGGAGCGGUCGGUGACGCUCUGAUGCAAGCCCGUCUACAGGACGAGUCCGUCAUCUUCGGGGACAUCGUCCAGGAAAACUUCACCGAUGAUUACCUGAACAUGACGCUCAAGACAGUGAUGGGUUUCAGAUGGUCCACCACCUUCUGCAGUCGGGCCAGGUACGUGAUGAAGACGGAUGACGACGUCCUCGUCAACACGCACAGGGUUGCGAACAUCCUCCAGAAGGCAUCAAAGACUUCCUUCAGCGUUGGCGACGUCCACUCGCACGCGAUCGUACGCGACCCCAAGAGCGAAUGGGGAAAGUUUUACACCCCCACCCAUCUAUGGCCGAAGAAAAAGUUUCCACCGUUUUUCACAGGCCCUGCGUACAUCUUCUCGAUGGACAUGGCGCAGAAGAUCUUCCAAGCCUGUCAGGAAACGCCGCUCUUUCCUUGGUCCGAUGUGUACAUUGGGAUGUGUUCUUUAAAAGCAGGUCUAACUCUGUCGAACCAAAAAGGAUUCAUCGUUUCAACGGGUCUAACAAAGAAUCCAAACCAACCAUUACCAAUGAACCAGAAGGACAAAGAAAAGUACAAUAAACUGUACACUGUCUUCCAUCUUUCAACGAUGCAUAUUAAGCAGUUAUGGGAACUAUGGACAAAAAGAACAUUAACACCUUGAAAAUGCAAUAAUGGCCUAGUUGUUCCAGUGUCGUGAUUUGUUAAAAUGUGUGACUAUUUAUUUAUUUCGUUUUCAAUAAUAAUCAAUAACUAUAUUAUUAUUUGAAUUAUUUCGUUUGUGAAAUUGAAUUGUUAAUUGUUUCAUUAAUUGAAAUAUUUCGUUUGCAAUAAGAGUUCACCAUGUCGCUAAGUAACUGAUGUGUUUGUAUGCAAUUUGAUUUGUGUUACAUUGAUCCUGGGAUGAUUGAAAUUCGAUAAUUCACAUCACCUUUUAAUAACAUCUAAACACACUGAAGUCGGGUGUAACUUAGACCAUGGUCUAACUCUGUGCUAAGAUUGUGGAAAGCCAAAUGUUUCAAAAUUUUGUAUACAGUAAAUGCUUCUCAUGUUUACUGUGCUCUUUAUAAUUCUUUAAUGUUGUAGACAACUGUCAUACUUAUCCUUCCCGGGCAGUUAAUAAUGUUUUGGUAGUCAAAUGAGCUGAUACAUUGAACUUCUACUGUUAGAGAUUUAUGUAACAACUGGCUUUCCGUAGUUAAACCACAACUUAAAACCAGUUUAAAUUAAACCCGACUUCAGAAUACGGGGGCCAGGAAUUCCAGACGUAACUGUCAUAAAAUUAAUUCGAACAGAAUCUAAAAUAAUCAUGAUGCAGCGGGAGGGGGAGGAGCAGAAGUUGGAAUUUUGGUCAAUUGCCAAUUCGUCUAUUGCCAACUCGUCCACUCCCCACAUGGUCUAACUUCAUUUAGUCUAAUGCCAUUCCAUCCAUCAACACUUCUUCUAACAACCAUUUGGUCCAAUCAUCACUUCGUCUAAUCACCAGUUCGGCUAUGACCAUGUCGUCUCAUAGCCAGUUGGUCUAAUAUCCAUUUUUCCCCAUUCAUUUCGCCCAAUUAACACUUAGUCCAAUCAGACCAAGCGGUAUAUGGACUAAAUGGCUAUUGGACCAACUGGCUAUUAGACGAAACGGGGAGUGGACGAAAUGGCAAUUAGACCAUGUGGAUAUUGGACGAACUGAUGGUAGACCAAAUGAUAGUAGACGAGUUGGCAGUUGAACGAAUUGACAAUAGACCAAUUGAAAAUAAACCGGAAUUUUAAGGACCUACCUUUUUGCAAAUUGUCACAAAUAUCCAUUUACCAUUUACACUUGCUCCUUCUUUUCCAUCCUUAAAAAUGCAACAACAAAAAAGCUGUUAAUGAUAGCUGAGAGAGCGAAGCGACUCACAGCAAUUUUCUUUCUUUACGUAAUCUUGCCCCUCCCCCUUUGGAUUUCUGCUAACAGCCUUGAACAUAUUGCUCCUCAAUUGUUACAUGUACAACAUUAAUAAAAAGGUGUAUAAAGAAAAUCAUUUAAUUAUGAAUUAUGUCAAAUGGUUCUGGUUAGAAAUGGAUAAUAAUGGUAUUCUUCAGAGUUGUCUGGGGUUUUUUCACACAUCAAUUUGCUUGUGUUAGCAAUUUUCAGAGUACUUUGGAUUCAAUCUAGUUUCUAUUAUUCCAUGGCGGUGAUCUGUGUAAGCUAUAAUAUAAGAAAUUAAUACAUUUAUAAUCGUGAUGGUACAAUAAAUGUUAACCAGUAAACAUUGAUUUUAAAGCCUUCGACUUUAACAUGUUUAAUUUAUUGUCCAUUUAGCUUAACACUUUUAUAGAUCAAUAUGGUGAUCGAUGCGUAAACUAAUGUAUUAUAAGCAGUUUCAUAUAUAAUCUAUUUUCAACAACGAUGGGGGAAAAUGGUAAAUUGCCAGUUUGUCUACUGCCAACUCAUCCACUCACCACAUGGUCUACAUUCAUUUAGUCUAAUGCAUUCCGCACAUCAAAAUUUCGUCUAACAACCAUUUGGUCAUAUAACCACUUGGUCCAAUCACCAGUUCGUCUCAUUACCAGUUGGUCUAAUAUCCGUUUUAUUUUCAUUCAUUUUGCCCAAUUAGACCGAAUGGUAUAUUGGACCAACUGUUUUUUAGACGACAUGGCAAUUAGACGAUGUGGGAAUUUGACGAACUGAUGGUAGACCAAAUGAUAGUAGACGAGUUGGCAACUGGACGAAUUGGCAUUAGACCAAAUAAAAAUAAACCAAAAAAUUAUAGUAUAUGAAAUCCUGCUUGUGGGUAAUAAUUGCAUUCUUGCAAUAUACACAUUGAGGAAUAAUGUAUUCAGAGUUCUUAUAUUGAAAUGAAAUGAAUAUAAAUAUCUUAAAUGUGCCAUGUAUAAAGGAUGCAAUCAGACUCAUUGAUCAUUUUGUCGUAUAUAUACGGGUAAAUGUUUAGAACAAUGCUACAAUUUGGUGUAUACACAGCAAAAACUAUGGUGUUAACCGGUGUACAUAGAGGACCACACCAGUUAUUUUACACCGGUGUUAAAUUGACAGUGUUAAUUUAGCACCUAUAGGUGUUAUUACAACACCUUUGGUUGUUACAUUUACACUCUUUGGUGUAAUGUUCAAUCCCUAGGGUGUAAUUUAGGGUGGACCUCUAUUUAUAUCAACUGGUGUCAGUUUUAACACCAGAGUAUUUACAGUGUAUUACCAGUGGCGUAAUAAGCGCAAAUUUUGGGGAAGCCAGAUAUGGCGUAACGGGCAAAAUUUAGAAACAGUUGCGAGCAAAGCGAGCAAGCAAAACUUUCGAUUUUUGUCAUUACAAAUCCAAUUUUGUGAUAGAU